GAUUGUUUUGCUUUUUUGUUUUGAUUGCGAUCGAUUUGUUCGAAGCACCCCCAAAAUUGUACUGCACCCUCGGAAUCGUCGUGUAGAUUAUAAUCCAAUUUAACCAUUUCAAACCGGUACGGAACGUGGCUCGAGCAAGACGUGGUCGUGAGUUAACCUAGAAUAGUGCGUGCGCGUGUGCAACAAGCAAUAGCGAUGGAUGCGGAAAGCUUAAGCUGCCUGCUGAGCGGUGACUACGGGCGGGUGAAGGAAGCGCUGGUGAAAUUCAACAAACAGAAUUCCCAGGUGUUUAACUUUAUGCACUUCACCAGCACGGGCCAGUGGGUGGUGAUCUGGAACAAGCUGUUCGAGUACCUGGCGGACCCGGCCAUGCCCCACCGGGUGGACUGUUUGAUGGCAAUCAAAGUGCUGGCCCGUGACAAAACCUACCUGAACGAGACGGUUAGCGGGGGGCAGCUGGAUGGGCUACUGCAGCUGGCCGGCAUCGGGACGCCGGAAGGGUGUGACGCGCCGGCCAGCGAGGAGGUACAGGUGGAAGCCCUCAAAUGUCUGAGCAAUAUGAUAUUCCAAAGCACCAAGUGCCAGGAAAUGUGUCUCACCAAUGCAUCCACCGAGGGCAUCAUCCGGCGCGUCAAGAUGUACAAGGAAGCACCGUACGGGUACGAUAUCAAGUAUUUUGACAUGAAGCUACUGUUUCUGCUGACAGCGAUCAAUUGUGAUAUUCGGGCCAAAGUACGCGAUCAGCUGCACGGGCUGGUGUAUCUGGUGGAAACGCUGGAUCUGUUCAUGAGUCAGGCGGCAAUAUUUAAGGAAUUCAGUGACAAAGAUCUUGAUCUAAUCAAUGAGGUGCUGAAGGUGCUGUUCAACCUAACAGUACGCUCGACGGACAAUCUCGUCCCGGAGGAGGAGGAAGCGACACAGUUCCAUCGGCUCGUGACCGUACUGCACGAUCUGUUCUUUUACCGCACGCUGAAUCGGGACAAGAUUGUGCUGCUACACUCCAACAUCGUCAACCUGCUCACGAGCGUCCCGGUAAGCUGCUACGUCGAGCUGGUAUCGUCGCUGCACUCCAAGCUCGAUAGCGCUUCCACCCCCGGCAGCGAUGGACCCGACCCAUCCACCGUCGUCCCGUUCGAGGCCAACAACGUGUACGUGCUGCACGUGCUGGUAGAGUUUCUGCGCAAAAACUUCCAGAAGGCGGAAAAGAAAUCGGACCAAUACGAGCUGCUGUCCCCCAUACUGACCGUGCUGAUCAAGGCGGUGCGGGCCGACGGCGUUCAUCGCCGGUACGUAAGGUCGAUCAUUCUGCCGCCGCUGCGUGAUGUGCGCGACCGGCCGGAGGUGGGCAAAGAGCUGCGCAACCAUCUAUGCUCCCUGCUGACCAGCCCCUGCACCCAGAUCGCUGACCUGUCGGCGGAGUUGCUGUUUGUGCUGUGCAAGGAGAACGUCGGCCGGAUGAUCAAGUACACGGGGUACGGUAAUGCGGCGGGCCUGUUCGCUAACCGGGGACUGCUGGGUGGUCGCACCGGCAACGGUGGCGAGCAGUACUCGUCGGACAGCGAGGAUAGCGAUACGGAGGAGUACAAACAGAUACAGCACGCGAUCAAUCCGGUGAUUGGGUGCUACGAGUCACCGAAACCGAACCCACUGGAGGGUAUGUCGGAGGAGCAGAAAGAGUACGAAGCGAUGGAGCUGGUGAAGCUGAUGGAUAAGCUGCAGCGGCAGGGGUUGAUACAGCCGUGCAAGAUCGGCGAGGACGGAAAGCCGCACGCCGUCGAUCACAUAAUGGAGCUGCAGGAGGAAAUACCAGAGCAGCAGCGGGAUCAUAAGCGAAAGACAUAGAUGUCGGAAAACCGCCGCGAGGGACCCUUUUUGCACACCUUCCCCCUUCCCUAGUCGUUUGCAGCAUAUUUUUGCCGGUUCAAACGGUUUCAAGCGCAAACAAGGCAGCAAUUGUUCGUCCUCGGGGCUGGCAAAAGGACGCUAGCGUGAGCGUACGGCUAUGAUGUGAUGCCAAAAAACACUAUUUAGCUCAAACCCAUUCAUCGCCGCACCUGGCACGCGGACAAAGCACAGGCACCUGCGAUCCCGCCGAACGCGUACCGGCGCAUUGUCGCCCCGCGUCCAUUGCCAAAACUAACAUUCGAAAAUCGGGUUACCGGUUUAAAUAGAUUUACGCGUAGAGUUAAUGGUUUCCCCCCCACGUUCCGUUCCGUUUUUUCGUAGUAUUGUUUGCCGGUAUUUUAUUGACUCGUGCGUGUGUGAGUCAUGCCCCAAGCAUUAUGAAUUGCUAGUUUUAAAUAUGCAACUGCUUCCGUCGCGCAAAAAGAGGGGGAAAACGUUUUAAUCGAUCGCUUGUGUAAAAGCAAUCUAAAGUAAAGGGCAAAGGAUGACGAAAAA